UCCGUGCGGCGCAGAACGCGGUGAGGAAAUGUGUGCAGGCUUGGAACGCUGAGUGGUUCUCAUUCCUGUGACCUUCACCUCCCUCUGGGUGGAGCACGGCCUUUAAGAGCAGUUGGAAUGCAGCUCCCCUGAUCAGCUUAGCCAGUUGUUGCCUGUCUGAACCCCUGCCAGUCCUGAGAAGCCGUGCUCAGGGCUGAACUUACAGGCCUGCUUCUGCAGCCUGUCCUCUGCUCCUGUGGCCUUCCCUUCCCGGGAAGGAAGGCCGUGUCCACCUGUCCAGCCAUGGGAGAGGACGAAAGGUUCCAGCACCCGAGCUCCGACCUGCGCCCAGAGAAGCUCUCGAGCCCCAGCCCCAUGCCCUCCUCCACGCCGAGCCCCAGCCUGAACCUGGGGUGCACGGACGAGGCCAUCCGGGACAACUCGCAGGUGAACGCCGUCACGGUACACACGCUACUGGACAAGCUGGUGACCAUGCUGGACACCGUGCAGGAGAACCAGCACAAGAUGGAGCAGCGGCAGAUAAGCCUGGAGGGCUCGGUGAAGGGCAUCCAGAACGACCUCUCCAAGCUCUCCAAAUACCAGGAGUCCACCAGCAGCACCGUUGGCAAGCUGCUGGAGAAGUCGCGCAAGGUGAGCGCGCAUACGCGCGCCGUCCGGGAGCGCAUGGACAGGCAGAGUGCGCAGGUGAGGCGGCUGGAGAACAACCACGCCCAGCUCCUGCGGCGCAACCACUUCAAAGUGCUCAUCUUCCAGGAGGAGCACGAGAUCCCCGCCAGUGUGUUCGUGAAGGAGCCGGCCUCGGGCACCGUGGAAGGCAAGGGUGAGCUGGAGGGCGAGAGCCAGUCCCUGGAGGACGCGCUGCACACAGUGGACCUCUCCUCGGAGGACGAGCUGCCCCACAAUGAGGCGGCCCAGGACGACAGUGGCGAGGACAAGACAGAAGAGAGUAGGGCGGAGAAACUGAAACGUUCCAGCCUCCGGAAAGUGGACAGCCUCAAGAAAGCCUUUUCCCGCCAGAACAUUGAGAAGAAGAUGACCAAGCUGGGCACAAAGAUCGUCUCCGUAGAAAGGAGAGAGAAGAUUAAGAAAUCUCUCACUCCCAAUGCUCAGAAGACAGCCUCUGGGGGGAAAAGUUCUCCCUUCAAGGUUUCCCCCCUCAGUUUUGGGCGAAAAAAGGUGCGAGAGGGGGAAAGCCCAGUGGAGAAUGAGACCAAGUCAGAAGAGACGGCGUCCAACGACCCAGAGGAGGGCUCCUUGGCAGAGGGUGUUUCUGCAGCAUCGCUGCCCAGUGCGCUGGCCGAGGGGGAGGCAGAGAAGCUGGCCCCAAGAAGGAGCAGCUCGGGGAUGGACAGCAACGUGGACCUGACCAUUGUGGAAGAUGAGGAAGAGGAGCCAGCAGCUCUGGAACAGGCCCAGAAUACACACUACGAGGACAGUCACCUGUCGGCCGCAGAACGGGCGGCCGCACUGCAGGUGGACCAGAGCGCCUGAGCACGGCCGGACCCAGCAGACCCUCCUGUCCCCAGCACUGCUGCGCACUGUCACUUAUGGGCACGAGCUCUGGCCUCCUCCCAGCAACACACGUGGGCACAAGACUAACAGGACAGUCUGUCAAGGGCUCCACUUCUUAGUGGGGUCCUGUCUGCAGAAUUCCUCCAAGACUCCCGAGAAGAAGGAGCAGAGCAAUUAAAACUCGAUCCAUUUGGCUGAGUCGGAGGACACUGAAGACACCAAGAUACCAGGCAUGAAAUGCGAUUUUUUUCCUGCUCGUUUCCUCAGCUUGCUGCAUUGCGUACCAGUGAUGCAGUGAGUAUCUGUGGCCCUCUGUGGAUCUAUUGAUCGUUCUGUACUGUAUGUGUGUGGGGUUAGGAUACGCCUAUGUGUGCAAACUAAACACGUAACUAUAGUUUUAAGAAGAAAACACCUUAUAAAAGAUAGAGAAGAAUGUUCAGUGGGUUAUUCAGUUAAUAAAAACCCAUUGCUUUACUGCAAAUGAAGGAAACAUUGAGAGACUGUGAUAGCCAGUUAGUGAUCUUGACCAGGGGGUCAGAUCUGGCUUAAGAAAGAUGAAAAGAAGAAGAAAAAGUUGGAAAAUAAAAGAAAUGGGAAGCAACGAUGCCAGAGACCCUGAAGGGAAAGAGAAAUAAGCAUGAGCUUACAAGUGAAUUAUUUGCAAUGUUAAGCUUAAUUAUUUUACUCUUUAACUAACAUUAGUAAAGAAGUCGUAUAUCCUGGAAUAGCAGGUUCUACCUUUACAACAAUUUUAUUUUCUAAUAUUUUUAAAUAAUAUAACAUUUUAUAGCGCUAAACCUGUAGGGGCUUUUCUCUUCAUAAAUAAAAAGUGUCACAAAUAGUUCUUUAAGGAAGUUCAGAAGGGUGCCAUCUCUUUAACAGUGGAGUGAAUAUAAAUCUUCAAAAAAUAAUUCAUCAUAUGUCUCUUUGCAGAAUGCUGGAUAAUAUUCUUUAAUUUCCCCCAAAUUUAGAAUAACCUUUACAUUCCAAAUAAUGCAAGUUUAUAAGAUGUUGAAAUACACAAGUCUGGGAAGAGAAAAAAGCUUUUUUUUCCUUUUAUGUAUGGUAAGAGUAAUUUUAUUCCAGGCCACAUUUUAUUUAUACAUUAAUUUCACUGAAAAUUAGCAUGUUUCUUAACUUCUUAGCAUACUAGUGUUUUAUAUAUGCAUACACAUUCAUUCGGACAGGGCAGUUUGUACUGCUGCCUAACAUUAUACUAAAAUAUCACUUUAACCAUUUUUAAUUACAAGAUGCUAACAUUUCAUUAAUUUAUAGUUUAAAGACAGUUGAACCAGAGAGCAAGUUUUCUACCUUUAGUAGGUACCACUAUAAGUCCUUGUAUGAGGAGAAGUUACCAAAACAUUAACAAACUAUGCUUGGUUUUUAAUCAAAGCAAUAGGAUUAGCAAAAUAUAUGGGUGGUAUAAACUAUUCAGCUAUGUUCUUACUUUGCAAUAAUGUUACCCCAAAUAUUGGAUUGUUGAAUUAACAAUGGCUGUGUUAAAGAAGAUUAAAUAAACUAAAAAAAUAAAAAA